GGCAGUUACCAUGGAGUUGUGCUGGGUAACCUUGAGGUAGUGAGUGGGACGCGGAGGCUGGAGGGGCAGCAACUGCGGGGAACAAUUCCUGAACCAAAGGAAUGAAUCCCUGAUGGUGGAGUUUUGGGCAUCAAUAACAGGCUGAACCCGGACUCCCAGGGCCCAUGCUUACACCUGACAAAUGAUGGCCUGAGCUAUGAGCAGACAGGACUACAUGAACACUUCAGUGCAAGAGCCUCCUCUUGACUACUCCUUCCGAAGCAUCCAUGUGCUUCAAGAUCUGAUAAGCGAGGAGCCAAGGACAGGGCUACGACCACUAAGGCACUCAAAGUCGGGGAAGUCACUGACCCAGGCCCUGUGGCUUAACAACAAUGUCCUCAACGAGCUGAAAGACUUCAACCAAGUGAUUUCGCAGCUGCUGGAGUACCCAGGGAACCUGGCUUGGAUUGACCUGUCUUUCAAUGAUCUGACUUCCAUUGACCCUGUCCUGACAACUUUCUUCAACCUGAGUGUCCUCUACCUCCAUGGCAAUAGCAUCCAGCGCCUAGGAGAGGUGAAUAAGCUGGCCAUCCUCCCUCGGCUCCGGAGCCUGACACUCCACGGAAACCCCCUGGAGGAAGAGAAGGGGUACAGGCAGUAUGUGCUGUGCACCCUGCCCCGUAUCACCACGUUCGACUUCAGCGGGGUCACCAAAGCAGACCGCACCAAUGCUGAAGUGUGGAAACGCCUGAAUAUCAAGCGCAAGAAGAUCCGGAUCAAGCAUACCGUGCUCUGAGGAUGGCAGGACGGCAGCCAUCCUGAAGGUUGAGGAUGGCCAGUUUGGUUUGACAAUAAAGAAUUUGAGCUGUUCAGCAGAUCAGAAGUCCCUUGAACCACAUGAAAAUGCCCAACUCAGGCCACUGCCAGCAGCUCUGGUCUCGCUCCACUGAAAGGUGGGCAGUGGAGGGAACGGCCUGUUGGCCUGAGAGACAAAAGACCUGGGCUCACCGCAUAGUCCUGGGAAAUUUACCUCAACUCUGGGCCUUUUUUACUCCUCUGCUCAGAUAUCCUGGGAUUAAGAACCGCUUCACAGAGCUGCCUCAGAGGCGUCUGUGUUAGGAGGCCAGGAAGAUAGGCAGUGAUUGCUGAACCCCCCCCCCCAUUUCAA